UCUCUGAGGCUCUUCCUGAUAUCUCCUCGUUGUUGCAAUAAAUAAGACGAACUCGAGAGAGAGAGAGAGAUUAAUUUCUAGAGAGAGAGAUGGAGGAGGGGAGCGGCGAAGAGGAGGUGCUGGGGUCGAGCUUGACUAUGGAGAAGGUGGCGGCAGCGAAGCAGUUCAUAGAGAACCACUACAGAACUCAGAUGAAGACCAUCCAAGAGCGGAAGGAGAGACGCUGGGUUUUAGAAAGAAGAUUGGCUUCUUCAGAUGUGCCAAAGGAGGAACAGAUCAACUUGAUAAAGGAUUUAGAGCGGAAAGAAACAGAGUUUAUGCGACUUAAGAGGCACAAAAUAUGUGUUGAUGAUUUUGAGCUCCUGACCAUCAUUGGUAGAGGAGCCUUUGGUGAGGUUCGUCUAUGUCGGGAGAAGAAAUCUGGAACUAUUUAUGCCAUGAAAAAGUUGAAAAAAUCUGAAAUGCUUAUACGAGGACAGGUGGAACAUGUUAGAGCUGAGAGAAAUUUGCUGGCGGAAGUUGCCAGUCACUGCAUAGUGAAACUGUACUACUCAUUUCAAGAUGCUGAGUACCUAUAUCUGAUUAUGGAAUAUCUGCCUGGUGGUGACAUGAUGACUCUGCUGAUGAGAGAAGACACCCUGUCUGAAAGUGUGGCUAAAUUUUACAUUGCCCAGAGUGUCCUGGCAAUAGAGUCGAUUCACAAACAUAACUACAUUCACAGGGAUAUCAAACCUGACAAUCUUCUUCUGGACAAAAAUGGUCACAUGAAGCUCUCAGAUUUUGGCCUUUGUAAGCCUCUUGAUUGCAGAACCUUGUCUGCACUGAAGGAGGAUGAAGUAAUGGAUGAUGAGAAUUCAAGGGAAUCAAUGGAUAUUGAUGGAGGCUUCCCUGAUGCGGAUAAUAGAAGUAGUUGGAAAAGUCCUCGUGAGCAGCUUCAGCAUUGGCAGAUGAACAGGAGGAAGUUGGCAUUUUCAACGGUGGGGACACCUGACUAUAUUGCUCCUGAAGUAUUAUUGAAGAAAGGAUAUGGAAUGGAAUGUGAUUGGUGGUCACUAGGUGCAAUAAUGUAUGAAAUGCUUGUUGGUUAUCCUCCAUUUUACUCAGACGAUCCCAUGACCACAUGCAGAAAGAUUGUUCAUUGGAAAAAUCAUCUAAAAUUUCCAGAAGAUCCAAAAUUAACCGCUGAGGCGAAGGAUCUCAUUUAUAGGUUGCUUUGUGAUGUUGAACAUAGGCUAGGCACUGGAGGGGUGGGCCAAAUUAAAGCUCAUCCUUGGUUCAAGGAUGUUGUAUGGGAUAAACUCUAUGAGAUGGAGGCUGCAUUUAAACCAGAAGUCAAUGGGGAGCUAGAUACUCGGAAUUUUAUGAAGUUUGAUGAACUGGAUCCUCCAACACAGGCAAGAAGUGGCUCGGGACCCUCACGGAAGAUGCUAUUAACUCCUAAAGAUUUGAGUUUUGUUGGCUAUACAUACAAGAACUUUGAUGCUCUCAAAGGGCUUCGCCCUUCUUCUGGUGAUGCUAGAGCAGAUUAUACUGCUAGGGAGACAGCUGAUGAUACAGAUGUGCAGAUGCUUGCUCCAUCAGGCGAACCCAUGUCACCAUAACGUAAGAAGAAGAGGAAGUAGGGGUCAUGUGGAUGGUGGUGCAGGCCUGUUUAUUGAGAGUCAGGUUGCUUGCCCAAAUCUGCAUUUCCUGUGAGAUGGUUGCUGGGCAUUCUGCCGAACCACCAUCCAAGUGUACAGCAGUAUUUCAGAAUUUUCAUGAAAACCCAGUUGUGGAUUAACUGGUAGGACAAUGUGAAGCUUUUUUCUAUAGAAAAAAGGUUUUGUGCAUUAGAAUUUAGCAUAGAGAAUUGUGGGAACUCAUGCCCUGGCUGCCCAGGUUGGCGGUGGGAAACUUGCCUUCUCUUGUGGCAGUUUCUGGUUUAAAAUUUUACCAAAGAAGGGAAACUACCAACAUACUGAAUAGCUUUUUAGACUAUUUCAGGCUUUUUGCCCAUUAUCCACCUGUUGUUGUGUGUAUGCUUUCCAAUGGAGAAGAAACAUACUUUACCUGUUAAAAAAUAUUGAGGAGUAAUCUCUAGAUGUGGAAAUAUUUUACCUCAAACUUUUAUUGUGAUGGUUAAUUAUAA